UACAAAUUAUGCUCUUCUCAAUCUCACCUCAGCCUCCAUUCCAAAUCCAUCAUCGAAAACAAACCACCUUUCAAGUCAUCAAUCUGGUUGACCACCCAAUCCUCUUCAGAUUCAAGAAUGAUAACCUAAUAAGAAUAAUGCCCUCCUAUGGUAUGAUUGCUCCCAACGAAAGGAAAUUAAUUUCGGUCACCAACAAAGCCAGUCAAUUUGAUACUGAUGUGUUACUAGAAGCUAUUAAUUAUGUUGAGGAAUAUCUCGAUAUGCUUGAGUAUUCCAACCCUCAAUUAUGGGUUGAAAAACAACCAGGUGUAUUGCCCACUCAAAUGGUCUCUAUCAGAAUGAACAUCAACACAGAUGCAUCCAGCACUCAAUAAUCAGAUAAAAAAUAAACAUUUGAAGAAGUUAUGAAAUAAGAGCCUAUGCAAUUACAAAGAUCAUAGCACACCUUCAGUCGGUUAUAAGAACAAAUCGUUCAUAAAAAUAGUCUUGAUGGCCAAGAAAGCAGAACUUCAAAUAUCUUCAACAAUACUCCUAGCAUUAGUCCUAUUUUGUAGGAUGCCAGCAGAUUAAGUGCUAAUAUCAGUAGAGAUGUAAAAUAACCGACCUUUUUUACAGAAACCUAUGAGAUUCCUCAAGAUCCUAUUGAAAAAUUCUAGGAGAAAAUGGAUCUUGAAUAAAACUAUCAGAAUGAACCCUCCGAAUCUGGUAAUUUUAGAUGCAAUGACGAGGAAAGAUCAAAUCAUGAGGUUUCAGGAAUACGCUCAUAAACUUCCAUAAUGAAAGUCGAAUAAGCCUAAUUAAUUUCCACUUUGAAGUAGAAAGAACAACAGAUUAUCAAAUAAAUCGAUUAAAUCAAGACAAGCAAGGACUAGUUGAAUGAUGAAUUAGAGAAAUUGAAAUUUAAAGCAAUGUUCAAAAAUAAAGAAAACCACAAAUGUACUACAAUUAUUAUAAUUUAUAGAGGAUUAAUAAAUACUAAUUGGACAUUUGUUAAUCGUUAGUGUUAUCUGUCUAAUAUUAGGAGCAUUGUUAAAAAAGAUUUAAUAACUUUUUUGAUACUAAAU